CGCGCGUAACUGCGCAGUGAAUCAUGCGCUGAAUCAUGGCACGGCACAUCAUAACGCGCAAUAUCAUAUCAGGUGAAGCCCGAUUCCAAUAACAAGCCGAUUUUUAUGCCUGCUGUAAUUCACAUGAGCUUCAAAGUUCAGUCCAGAGACGGACAGAGAGAGAGUGAGCUUAGGAGGGACAGAGGGAAAGGAGGCAGACGAUUUCUGUGCAGUUCAAACCUCUUGUGAUUUUUCACCCAGGCUGGAAUAAAAAUAACUUUUGGGGGGAAAUCUAUGUGCAUCCCUGAUGUUAACAGUUUGGAUUUAUGACAAAAUGAACAACAGAUCAAGGAUACACUGACUGGCACUAAUGAAGGAAUACAAUUUUCAACUUACAAGUCCACUUAUCAUCAUGCUUUAAGUGUUAGACUCACACUGAGCACCCUUGGGAAAGAGACUGAUUAAAACCUAAGCGUGUUAUGAUCUUCUGGAUCAGACACACUGGCCAAAGGCUCUGCAUGAUGUGAAGGGACCCUGCAGUGUCCGUCUCACCUAACAUGAUGGAAUCUGGUCUGCCACCUUCCACAGACCCUCUACACAUCGACAGCAACAACUACGUCAACGACAGCAACAACAGCUGGAGCAGCCUCCCUGAUGGUGACUCACUAAGGAACAAUCAGACCCUGACCCUUAGCGACCACAUCCACAACGCCCUGCUGGGGGUCUUUCUGGGACUCCUUUCACUCCUAACCAUCAUAAUGAACCUUCUCGUACUUUAUGCCGUGAAGAAAGAGAAGAGCCUCCACACUGUGGGGAACCUCUACAUUGUCAGCCUGUCGGUGGCAGAUCUGAUUGUAGGGUCCACAGUUAUGCCUUUGAACUUGGUGUAUUUGUUGGAGGAUGAAUGGAAGCUUGGACGGGCUGUCUGCCAGUUCUGGCUGAUAAUGGACUAUGUGGCAAGCACAGCCUCAAUUUUUAGCUUGUUUAUACUGUGUUUGGAUCGUUACCGCUCCGUCAGACAGCCGCUUAAAUACCUGAAAUAUCGAACACGGGGAAAAGCUAGUGUGAUGAUUUGUGGAGCCUGGCUGCUGUCGAUGAUGUGGAUUAUUCCUAUUUUGGGAUGGAGAUCUUUCACACAUGUAGACCUUAAACCUGAGGAGGAGAAUAAGUGUGACACAGACUUUCGUUUUGUCACUUGGUUUAAGGUUAUUACAGCAGUUUUCAACUUCUACGUGCCCUUGAUUUUGAUGCUGUGGUUUUACACACAUAUCUACUUUGCAGUACGGCAACAUCUAAGGGACAGAGAGAGAAUCAUUCAUCCAACAGAUUCAUUUGCGGAAAAUGAGAACGGACGAAAUGCUCAAAGCCCUGAGAAAAAUGACUCCAAAUCACCAAAGAGGGAAAGUGAAGUUCCAAUGAAACUAUCUAAAAAACAUCGACUGCUGGACCAGAACACCUUAGAUCAGACAUAUUCCCUUGAAGAAGCUGAGAAAACCAAAACUGCUGCGUCGAGAGCUCACCGAAAAAUUGGUGUUAAGUGCCAACAGACAUCAUUGCUUACGAUGACAACAAAACGACUCAGGAGGGCACGAAAGGAUAAAAGCUGCUCCUUGUCACCUGAGGAGAGGCAGCCAGACACUGAAAAUCCCUUGAAUCAACCAUCGGUGCCACAGGAUGCAGUUUGCUCAGGGCCAAACAAUGAGAACAAACUUCAAGCAUCUUUAAAUGAAUGUCACAUCACAGUGCCAAACUCGGUGAGCAGAGUCUGUGACAUCAGUCAGGUAACAGAAGUGCAGAGAUACACAUCUGUGCUCUACAACAACUAUGACCCCAGUCAAGCGCUACCCUGGUCUGAGGAAGGCGUUGAAGACGCCACAUUAGAUCCAGAUAACGCAGUGACUCUGAGACAGGCGUGGCAAAGGUUUAUUGACCAAUCACGCCAGCGUAUCCGAAGUCUGAGGAUCCACAAAGAGCACAAAGCAGCCAAACAGUUAGGCUUCAUAAUCGCCGUUUUCUUGUUGUGUUGGAUUCCGUACUUUAUAGCUUUCAUGGUCAUGGCAUUCUGCAGAGAGUGUGUGCACCAUGAUCUCCACAUGUUCACCAUCUGGCUAGGUUACAUGAAUUCCACUCUCAACCCUUUCAUAUACCCACUCUGUAACGGAAACUUUAAACGGGUCUUUAAAAAUAUUCUCAAGAUUCGUCUGUGACAGGCAGAGCAAAGAACAAAAUCCUCGGUGUCUAAAUGGUACCAGUACAGACACAUAAGAAGGGGGAGACAGUAGAAUUCUUCAAGUGUCUUAGCUUCUUGACUUCUAACAGGUUGCUGGCUGCUCAUUUAAGCGACCGUUAGUUUUUUUUUUUUUUUUUGAGCCACGUACUGGUGCUGUUUGGAUUGUGCUUUUUCAGAAACAAUACAAUGAUACCUUUAAAAUAAAGUCAUGUACAUGCAUUAUGGCCUUAUAGUUCUGCUGUCGUAAGCUUAUCCUUUUGGAUAUAGGCAAAAAUUACGCAUAUAGGUGUGGAUGUUCACCCUUGUUAGCUUUCUAAGUGUAGAUAAAACCAUAUACAGACUGGUGACAAAUUGUAGGAAAAGAGUGAACCCUUGACCCCUAAAAUGAGGGGAUCUGGUGGCUCUGUUAAGCCUUAGAGGGUAUUUUUCUGGCAAGUUUUGGGUCCACUUGACCCCUUAAUGUGAGGGGUCACUGCAAAGAAAAAGUUGUUCUGAGAAUGGUGUUCUGUCAUUGUAGAAUCAAUGCCAAAGCACAUUUAAAAUGUCCUGGUGCAUCUUGUAAACCAACAUAUGACUAAGAUGUUAAAUCUAUGGUUGUAAGGUUUUUUUUCUCCUUUUUCAUCCGUCUAUGUAUUUCAAGUGUGAAUUAUUUCUUGUACAUGUCAAAUUUUAUUUUUGUACCCUCCAGCACUUUUGACUUGAACUCAAGUUGAGGAUAAUGUCUCAGUGUAAUGUUAUUUAUUUUGUCUAUGUUAUGCUAAUAAUAAAAUGUGUCUAGAGCCAGAGGCAUCUGAACUCGAAAGAAUUUGAUCUCUCACCCUCGGAAACAGGAGCAUGAAUUUAGUGUUUUUGCCAUGGCUCUGGCCCAGGGUGGGAAAGAAAACUAUGUCCAUAAUGUGUUUUUAAAGAAAAUAUUUGUAUUUAUUUAUUUUUUUGCACUAUGACUGUAACAAAUAAAACAACAUGAAAAUUAUAAGGGGAAAAGGAUUUUAAAAAUAACAAGCACUGCUAUACUUUUGUUAAAGAUUCUGUUCUUUGUCACAUUGUUUUGUUUUUCAUUAUUAAAACAGGAUUAUGAAAACAGGA